AUGCUGCGCCCAUUAUCAAGCACAUCAAGUCGGAAUACAUUUGACCAAGCACUGCGCAAGAGUGGCGAUGGAAAGAAACGCACGAGGAAGCCUGGUUCCGGAUGGUUAGAUGGCCGCCGCCAACGCGUUCCGGAAGUUGUAUCCCCCCCACUGCCCCCCAUAAAUAAGUACCCCUUCCACAGAAGACGUCGUCUGCGCCGACUAAGCCCUGAUGUGGAUUUUGAAUUGAGCCACGAUCGAGCUAUUUCUGCGACUACAAAAGCCGCCUCUGUGCGUACACAACACAACGAAGAAUUCGAUUACGUCACGGCACACUGCCAGCUUCUAAUUAACCCACACACAGACCUAACGCAGGUUUUCCGGGAUCCGGAUGCCGCGGUCGCGUGGUGUGACGUUCUCGAAGUUCGAUGCUAUCAAGUAGAGGAUAUUAUCUGCCCCAUUUGCCUGUAUCCACCUGUUUCUCCUCGAAUGGGUCCGUGUGGCCAUAUCUAUUGUUUCCCCUGUGCAUGGUAUUUUAUCAAGUAUGAAAAUGAAACACUCUCUCAAAAAUGUGCGGUUUGCAGUACGUAUUUGCGAAUUAGUGAAUUAAAACGUUCUCCUAGUGUCCGCAUCAUUUCCUCAACUAUUCCGCAAGUUGGUGAUGUUGUUGAACUUCAGUUAAUGCGUCGAUAUAAAAGCGUUACCUUUCCAGUACACUCAAACAAUGAGGUUACAGAUAAAGAGAAUGUGCUGCCCACAUCUGAAUUGGCUUCACAUUUCCGCUCGCGAAUCGCGGUUGCUUCGAAUCAUGACUUGAGGUCCAUCGUGAAUCGGGACAUUGAUGAUAUUGAAGCCUACCUACUGGAAUGCAGAUCAGACGGCCUCAGUGAUUGCAUGAUUCCUGUCGCAGAGGAGAUUCUGUGUCUACUUCAGUCAGAACGGAAUGCCUUAGAAGAUGUGGAGCCAAUGACUGACCACGCGUAUACACUGGAGCUAACUGAUGCAGAACUCGAAAAGUAUUUCAUCUACUACAAAGAGGUCAGCGGCAAUGAUAUGUAUCUUCACAGUGUUAACUGGAGAUGUCUUCAGAUUGAAUAUGGGAAUGAGGAGCUGCCAAAAGCUAUUUCAGGAAAGGUCGUUGAAAUUGAGUCUCGCACGAUGAAUUUGGAAUUAAGACAGAGAUACCGGUAUCUGAGUCAUUUGCCCCUUGGUCGAACAUUUUACCUGGUCGAAAUCGACCUCGGACCUCCAGUAAUCAGCGGCAAAACCCUCAGUGAGAUGUCAGAGGCGCUGACCAUGCGACAGCUUAGACGCGAGGAGAAGAAACGAGUCGAAAAGCUCCUCACAUUGGCUAAAUUAGAAGCUGAGAACCGAAUUCAGUCGCUGCCCGUCGGAUGCCGCCUUGUGGGCCACGCCUCCCUGGACAACGAGGUGCCGACAGACGAGGACUUUGUUCCUCUCUCCGUAGCCACCGCUGGCAAGAAGCAUAGCGCCACUUCCAUGCCUCCACAACCACCACCACCACUACCCCGCUCUUUCGCAUGUGUGUCCUCAUCAGGCGCUCAGGCCGUCGUCAAUAAGCAGCGCGUAGCCAACUUCCCCAAGAUGAGCGCGUGUGCGGAUCGCGGAAGCCGCCCCUCGUGUUGGCUGCAUCUGCCCUCCGCCAAGCAGCCUGAAGGCGACCCCGCGACGGCGUGGCCUUCGUUGCAGUCCCACGUAGUCCCCUCAUCCCCCCACCGCCCCACUAGAAGCGUCGACUCAGGAGUCGCCCAACCAGCACCCCAUUCGAUCCCACAGCGGAGCCGCCGUGGUAGGCGCCGCGCACAGCAGACUGCCGACCUGGAGAAACUCGCCAAGUCCCUCUCCCUCAUCACGCGCUCAUCAGACUGA